AUGAACUUUCACUCUUCCUCCCACCUUCACACCCACAACACUCACAACCCGGACUCUCACUCUCACACUCGCUCUCAUUCUCACACCUCCAACGACGAACAUGUGGAGCAGCCCCGAUCCCAUCUUCAACAGCACCCAGAGCUGAGACCACUGCCAGACCCUCAGGCAUCAUCAUCGGCACAGCGGCGGCGUCUGCAAACGCUCUCAGCCCACGACGCCCCUUCUGGCCUUUCUCACUCGGCCUCUCUGCCCGUGUCACCCCCAUCCCCCGCUAGGUCAGAGCCGGAGCUGCACGGCCAAGACACGGCCAUCUGCGACCCGCCCGUCGUUGCCCGGUCGUACGGCCGUCCCGUCAUCGUCGAGGGACCCUACCGGCGGGUGCCCGACGUCCCUCCUCUCCCGACAUACCAACCACACCAACCACGUCAACCACCACCUGCUUGGGGCAACAUGCAGAACCCACCGAUGGCCACCGACUUCAGGGACGAGCUUGCCCGAGUCGACGGCGUCAUCACGCCAGGGGUUGACAACACGCCUUUUAUCCAGUACGCCAUCGAAGCGUUGAACCGCAACCGAGACCGGGACACCGGGUACUCGAUCGAUCAGUCGGCCAGUGGGAGUUCCGCGUCCGAAGUCAUCCUCGCCCCGGGACAUGGGCCGCAGUACUACCCACGCUCACCAACACAGCGCCAAAGCCAGCAUCUGCAGCAUCUGCAGCAUCCACAACGAACUUCAGCACCCGAAUCGACGCCUCUUUUAUCUCGGCCGUCGGCCACUCACCCCAACGAUGAGGCUGACGGACCAGAAGCAACACUCCCACUCCCCCCUGUCAUCCCCGGCCCGCGCGAGUCUGCCCACUCGCUCGCCGAGACCCUCAAAAAGGGGUCACGAGCGACCCAAGCACACGAAUGGCGGCCUGUCGAGACGGAUGAGCUGCUAACUGGCAGCGCCGAUGUGCCCCCGCUAACCUUCCGGCCCUGGCCGCUGCGAGCGCCGGCGCUGUUCGCACUGAUGGCCCUCUGUCUCGUGGUGGUCGGCCUCCUAAUCCUGAGCGCGCUCUACUCUCACCUCCACGAGGGCUUGAUGGAAUGGGUUACCAUCCACGGCGGCCGGUACUUUCUCUUCCGCUUCUUCCCGCAGCUCAUCGCCGUCUUCAUCCUGCUGUAUGCGCAGCACGUCAUGGCUACCAUGCUCCGCCUGCUUCCCUUUGCACGCCUGGCAUCAAGCUCUCAGGAGAAGCGGGAAGGCGCCCUGUUCCAGGAGAUGUACCCGACCUUCCUCUGGCCGCGUCUCGUCGGGCCCUGGAACGUACAGGUGCCGAUCCUCGUUACCUGGCUGAUGAACUUCACGCUGCCGCUCCAGAGUUCGCUGUUCACGGUCAUCCUGGUUGACCAGAAGUGGACCUGGGCCACCGUCCAGGGCAUCGCCUGGACCCUCGUCGCGCUCUACCUCGCCCUGUUCGCCUCCACCGUCAUCAUCUGGCGGUACUGGGCGACCGUCGAAAGCACCGGCGUGGUCUGGGAUCCCCAGUCGCUCGCCGACAUUGCCGCGCUGGUAUCCGAGACCAACACCGCGAGCGAUUACCGCGGCACGCAACUCGCGCGCAGCCGUGACGGCAUCCGCUUCGCACUGCGCCGUCGCGCCGCUGACCGUCUGGGCUACUGGACCUGGAAAGACGGCCGUCACGGGCUGUGGCACACCCUCGGCAGCCCCAUGGACGACCCCCACACGCUGCUGCUGAACCCAGACCCAGCCGGCGGCCAACGCAUGCAGCGCCACGACGAGAAGCAGCAGAACCGCCCUCUCGCCAACCGGCAAUUCUUCCGGGACCACGACAACGACCACGACAACGACCACGAUAACGACCACCACGGAGACGACGACCUGGAAAACCCCCACUCCGCCCGCUCCCACCAAACCUACCUCCCCUUCGCCCUGCGCACAUCCCCCCUCCUCUUCACCACCAUCGCCGGCACCAUCCUCGUCACCGCCCUCUUCGUCGUCACCUACCUCCCCGCCACCCGCCUCGCAGCCGGUUUCCCCCCCUCCCUCCGCGCCGCCCCCCAAUCCGGCGCCUUUUCCCCCGCCGACUUCCUCUUCGCCUUCCUCCCUUCCCUCCUCGGCACCAUCCUCCACCUCGCCCUCCGCACCGUCGACCUCCACCUCCGCAUCCUCCAGCCCUGGGCCGCCAUGUCCUCCUCAACCCCCCAGGGAGGGACUAACCCCAACGGCGCGCCCGCCGAAGCCUCCCUCCUAGCGACCUACCCCACCCACACCCCCUUCGGCGACACCCCCCUCUCGGCCCUCCACAACCACCACUGGCGUCUCGCCUGCGUCUCCCUCUUAUCCUCCCUCUCCGCCCUCAUCCCCGUCCUCGCCGGCGGCAGUUUCAUGGCGCUAACGCAAACCUCCACCGGCGAAGUCCGCAUGUUCGCUAACAUGCCCGCUUUUGGCGUCUUACUGGGCCUAUUGGUGUUGUAUGUUGCUGCCUUCGCAGCCGUGUUACCCUCCCGUGCGGCCUGGCGCAUGCCGCACUCUGUGACGUGUUUGGCAGAUGUGCUGGGGUAUUUGGUGAAUCGGGAGUUGAGGGAGGAGGCGGCUUUGAAGAGGUGUGUGAGUCGACGGGAGAUGAGGGGGAAGAUGGGGGUUGGGGGGGGGUUGCCUGGGGGGAUGCAGAGUCGGUGGGUUUUUGGGUUUGGGGGGGAGGCUGGGAAUGGGAAUGGGAGUGGGAAUGGGGGGGAAGAAAAGGGGGAGGGGGAGUUGGGGGUCAGGAGGGUGAGGAGGUUUACGGAGAGGGGGGCGGUGAGGAAGAGUCAGAUUCGGAGGGCUUUUAUGUGA